UUGCCGGGGCGGACGCACUUCCGGUAGCCGUGGCUCGAGCGCCCGAAGCAAGAUGGGUCAAAGUCAGAGUGGUGGUCAUGGUCCUGGAGGUGGCAAAAAGGAUGACAAGGACAAGAAAAAGAAAUAUGAACCUCCUGUACCAACCAGAGUGGGGAAAAAGAAGAAGAAAACAAAGGGACCAGAUGCUGCCAGCAAACUGCCACUGGUGACACCUCACACUCAGUGCCGGUUAAAAUUAUUGAAGUUAGAGAGAAUUAAAGACUAUCUUCUCAUGGAGGAAGAAUUCAUUAGAAAUCAAGAACAAAUGAAACCAUUAGAAGAAAAGCAAGAGGAGGAAAGAUCAAAGGUGGAUGAUUUGAGGGGGACCCCAAUGUCAGUAGGAACCUUGGAAGAGAUCAUUGAUGACAAUCACGCCAUCGUGUCUACAUCAGUGGGCUCAGAACACUAUGUCAGCAUUCUUUCUUUUGUGGACAAGGAUCUACUGGAACCAGGCUGCUCUGUCCUGCUCAACCACAAGGUGCAUGCGGUGAUAGGGGUGCUGAUGGAUGACACUGAUCCCCUGGUUACCGUGAUGAAGGUCGAAAAGGCCCCCCAGGAGACUUAUGCUGAUAUUGGGGGAUUGGACAACCAAAUCCAGGAAAUUAAGGAAUCUGUGGAGCUUCCUCUUACACAUCCCGAAUAUUAUGAAGAGAUGGGUAUAAAGCCCCCUAAGGGGGUCAUCCUCUAUGGUCCACCUGGCACAGGUAAAACAUUGUUAGCUAAAGCAGUAGCAAACCAAACCUCGGCCACUUUCUUGAGAGUGGUUGGCUCUGAACUUAUUCAGAAGUACUUAGGAGAUGGACCCAAACUUGUGCGGGAAUUGUUUCGAGUUGCUGAAGAACAUGCACCAUCCAUUGUGUUUAUUGAUGAAAUUGAUGCCAUUGGGACCAAAAGAUAUGACUCAAAUUCUGGUGGUGAGAGAGAAAUUCAACGGACUAUGUUGGAACUGUUGAACCAGUUGGACGGAUUUGAUUCAAGGGGAGAUGUGAAAGUUAUCAUGGCCACAAACCGAAUAGAAACUUUGGAUCCAGCGCUUAUCAGACCAGGCCGCAUCGACAGGAAGAUUGAGUUCCCCCUGCCUGACGAGAAGACCAAGAAGCGCAUCUUCCAGAUUCACACGAGCAGGAUGACGUUGGCUGAUGAUGUAAUCUUGGACGACUUGAUCAUGGCUAAAGAUGACCUCUCUGGUGCUGACAUCAAGGCAAUCUGUACAGAAGCUGGUCUGAUGGCCUUGAGAGAACGUAGAAUGAAAGUAACAAAUGAAGACUUCAAAAAAUCUAAAGAAAAUGUUCUUUAUAAAAAACAAGAAGGCACCCCUGAAGGGCUCUAUCUCUGAGUGAGCCACAUGCCUUCCAGAAAAUGGAUGGGCAUUUUCCCAACCCUCAGAAGAUGGGGUUGGGGAUGUUGCCUGGGAGAAUCCAUAUUCCAGUUGAUUUUUAUUAACAAAACGUUCCGUGUAUCUUUUUGAGCGUGAUGUGUAGGAUGCCCCUGGGGCUGCAUUUGUCUGUUGGUCGCUGUGUAGUACUGUUUUCCCAGUAAAGCGUGCUCUUUCAGAAA